AUGCCUGGGAAGGUUUCCAAAUCCCCUACCAAGAAGCCGGUCAAGUCCAAAAUUUCAAAAUCCCCAAAGAAAAAAACCACAAACCCCAAGAAAUCUACUAAGCCGAAGGGCAGCAAAAAGGGAAAGAUCACCAACAAAAACAGGAAGAAACCAUCCAAUUCGUAAGCUCUUAUCACAAAUAAUGAAAUUAAAACUUUUUUUAAAAUUACAGUAAGAAACUUGGAGCCAAGAAGAGUAAAGGCAAGAAGACUAAGGAUGGGAAAGCUUCAAAGGCCAAAAAAGAAAAAAAGGCCAAGAAAUCCAAAAACAAGAAACCAAAAAAUGGAAACGAUGGGAACGUGGAGGAAGACAGCGACUCAAGUUCAUCUGAAUCCAGUUCAGAAUCCGAAAAGGAAUCCGAAGGAAAAGUUGAGAAACCAAAGAAAGAGAAGGUGAAAAAGGAGAAGAAAAAAGAAAAGAAAGAUAAAGCAGAAUCUUCCGCAGAACCAGAAAAUGGAGAUGAUGAUGAACAACCUGAUCCCAACCAGAACGAUGAAGGGGGAGAAAAUCAAGAAGAGAACGAAGAAAAUGAAAGGGAGAACGAUUUGACGGUGAGCUUCUUGUCGUGUCACGCCACAAAAAAAUAUUUCGCGUCCGGUCAUUAUGCGCAGAAAUCAUUAUAAGAAGAUUUCUGAAAUCCUGGCAAAUAGCCUCAGAACCUUUAUCUGUUUGUAAAGAUGUGCAUUUUAUGUAUUCGUACUGUUAAAAAGAAAUUUUUGGUUUUUUUUCUAAAAAUACUCGAUUUGAGUGUUUUCGAUGGUGCUGAUUUCAAUUUUGGCGUCUUGUAGAGCCCCAAAGUGCCAUGUACAGGGUGUUUCGAGAAAUGUUGCAGAAAGUUUUUGAGGAUAUCUUUGCGCUUUUUGCAGCUUACAAGAAGUUUAAAUUGAUUUUAAAACUUGAAGUUAGAAUACGCCAAAGGAGUUUUUUCGCGUUGAAAAUUUCGCGUCCCGACAUUUCGGGUCAGGGACAACUCGGGUCGCGACACUUCGUGUCAACGACACCUCGGGUCAACGACAUUUCGGGUCAACGAUACCGUUUAAUAUUUUCGCUUCGGGACUGGGAAAACAGAAUUUUUUUGGUGUAUUUGAAAAAAUUUUGAAAUGUUUUCGCUUCGGGACUUGGGAAAAAGGAUUUUUGAAAUUGAAAUCUUUUCGACUUCUUUUAGACGUUAAUGGUUUUGUUUUGGUGCCUAGUACUGCUUUCAAAAACAGAUUUUAACACUAGGUACUAAAUUGUACUACCUGGUACUAUUUAGUACGAGGUUAAAAUUUGGCCGUAAGGCGGUAAUGGUGUUGGUUUGGUGCUUAGUAGAGCCCAAAAACACGGUUUUAACACUUGGUACUAUAUAGUACCAGGUGGUACUAUCGGUUUUAGACAAAAUUUUAGUGCUGACGACAUCACAGUUUAUAUUCAGUCAGUUCAUAUUCAGUCAGGCACACUUUUUUCCCAGUCCCGAAGCGAAAACAUUUCAAAAUUUUGUCCAAAUUCACCAAAAAAUUCUUUUUUCCCAGUCCCGAAGCGAAAAUAUUAAACGGUAUCGCGACCUAGGUCGCGAGCUGACCUAAAGAAAGUGUCUUGACCAUCAUAGUCAAGCAUUGAGACCAUAUUCGGGUAAUUUUUGGCAACCUCCUUGACCCCGGUCACUGCCUAAGUCUAUUAAUUUUUACAAAAAGUUACGUUUCGUCAUAAAUGAAAGAAUACAGUAACCUCGCUAGCAUUUUUGUUUCAGGCAAACCCAUCUGGAUCCCUGUUCAUCCCGCCUGUCACUAAAGGCAAUAAUCCCGACCAGCCUCAACCUCAAUGA